AUGUUGGAGAACGAGGUGGAAGCUGGUACGGUCGUUUGUGGGACGGUAGACGCCGAUACGUAUACAAACACGAACUGGCGGAAACGAAUCUUCGUGAACGCUGGCGAGACAGUGAGUUUCGCGUACUGGCCCAAUGGAUAUAUCGUCAAGGACAAGAAGGUCAUCGGAGCGCAGCACGGGAUUUAUUGGACAGGGGACGUAGGCACGUCGCUCACGUCGACGUCAGAGAUGACAGACGAAAACUUGAUCAAUGGACAUACAAUGGACUAUGACGAUGAGAAUUGUGGCGACACGUACGACUACGAAGGGAAGCCCAGUGGUCGAGCAGGGGAUGGAUGGCCUUGUAUCGGAGCGAGGAUUCGUACGUAG